UGUUCUGUUUUGUUUUCCCAACAAAUGAGGAGCCCAUGCUUGGGUUUGUAUUUAUUUAAUUUUUUUAUUAUAAAAUCUUCGAAAGUGCUGUAUAAAUAGUUAUUAUUAUUAUUAUUAUUACGACACUAGCUUCCUGUUUAUAUAUAUUUCCUCAGCAGAAAACGCUAGAUCACAUUUCACAGGCUCUAAGGUCAGAAAUGAACCUUGUGUGUGCAAACGAAUGGGUCGUGGACCUGGAGGAGGACAGCACCUCGCCCCACCACCUUCCUACCUGUCCUGCAGGUAUUGCCGUCGAAGCUUUUUUUUAAUGAGAAUUGAAAUAAUGGAAUCCAGGAGAGCGAGAAAAUAAUUUUAUAUUUUGAGGCCUUUCUCUUAGUGUCGUCCCUUAUAGAAAUCGGAAGUUAAGUUUGUUAAUCUUUAAUUAUGCAACUGAAACAAUCCAGACAAGUGCAACGUCGACUUCUGGCUCUUGCUAUUAAAUUUAUAUUAAAAUCAAUGUUCUUUAAAGAAUGCUCCAUCUAAAAUAAAAUGUUAAUUUUUGCAAUUUCCAACAAAUGCAAGCUUUUCCAUAUAAAAUGUAUUCUUCAUCACAGCACAUAUUCUCAAGUCAUAUUAAUCAACAAAAUAAUACAAUCACAACAUAUUAUAGUUUUGAAAAUUGUGCAUUUAUAAUUCUACAAUUAACAUAUAGAAAUGGAAAACUCAGUUGUACUAAGAAAAAUAAUUUUUUUUAAAUUCCUAAAAAUAAACAAAUUUAUGUUAUAGCAUAUUUGUGCACAAUUUCAUUAGAUCUUUUACAAUAAAAUACAAGAAAACUUCUUCAUCGCAGCCAAUAUCAGGAAGUGUUACCUCACCGGAUGGAAAAAUAAAAUAAGAAUACAUAUACCUUAACUAUGUUCAAUUGUUUAGGCCAAAAUGGACUAUAAUUGAAGAAUCACAUCAUGUGUAACUGACCAGACAGUAUGCAAAACUUCUUUAAUAGUAUAAUAAUUCCCUUGCAAAUGAGUUUUGUAACAUAGUAAUUGAUAGGGUAUAGUAAUAUGAUAUAGUAAUCGUUUCCUGAUUUACUGAUACACAAUAUAGUUGUUAUCUAUCAAUCAAUCAAUGCAACGUUGCAACAAACCUACUCGACAGCUUUUUCAACCAAUAGGUUUGCUUUAAAAUGCAGUUACGUAAUCAUAAUAUAACGUUACGAGCCAAUCGCAGGCCUCGAGAAGCCCAUGUUGAUGUGUACGUGCGCGUGUUCGUCCGCGUGCUCGCAACACAUCAACUUGAGACAGUCACGUGGCGGCACACGCCGGCCACUGAUUGGCCACGGCGAACGGAGGGCGUUCCGACAGUGGCGGCGUGCGUUUGCCUAUGUGACACAAUUACAACAACUUUGAGCCGAUGGUUGGGGAAGUUUGCCACAUUACCAAGUAACCCUCACUCCUAAAACCCAACAUUACAUCAACUUCAUGCAUACACUGGCACUGGAAUACACGCUGUGUUUUGAUGUACAAUGAGGAGCGUGGGGGGUAACUUGGAGGGAUCAUUUCCUUGAGGAUUUGGCAAGAACUACGCUACGCCCCGUUUUAGUCCUGGAUAACGUUAGCUGUGCAACACUUUCGUUGUUACUGCGUUUCGCCGGAGUUCCUCGGUCCCGUCGAGCCUCCCAUUUAUUUUCCAUGAAAUCGUGCGGAGUGUCGCUCGCCGCCGCCGCAUCUGCUGCUGCCCGGAGUCUCGGCGUUGCUGGUAAUGACGAGGAGAAAAUGGCGUCGGGAACAGCGACCGAUAUCGAAGAGGACUUUCCGAAGCUAACAGCCCAAGAAAAAGAGCGCUUGGACGGAACCGACAGUUCACUGUUUGGAUUUCAUAGGCUUCAAGAAGAUGGCGCCAGAACGAAGGCCUUGCUGUUAAAGGCCGUUAGCUGCUAUGAUGCCCUCAUCCUCAAAGCAGAGGGGAAAGUGGACUCUGACAUUUUCUGCCAGCUGGGCCACUUCAACCUCCUGCUGGAGGACUAUUCUAAAGCAUUAUCUGCAUACCAGAGGUACUUCACUUUACAGCCCGACUACUGGAAGAAUGCUGCCUUUUUAUAUGGCCUUGGCAUGGUUUACUUCCAUCACAACGCAUUUCAGUGGGCCAUCAAGGCGUUCCAGGAGGUGCUUUACAUCGACCCCGGCUUCUCGAGAUCUAAAGAGAUCCACCUGAGACUGGGGCUCAUGUUUAAAGUCAACACGGACUACGAGUCGAGCUUAAAGCACUUUCAGCUGGCUUUGAUCGACUCCAACCUCUGCACUUUGUCCAAAGCUGAAAUUCAGUUCCACAUCGCUCAUUUGUAUGAGAUCCAGAAGAAACACACAGCGGCAAAAGAAGCGUAUGAAAGUCUGCUGCAGACGGAGAACCUUCCUGCACAGGUGAAGGCGACCACACUGCAACAACUUGGCUGGAUGCAUCACACAGUGGAGCAGCUGGGGGAUAAAGCCACCAAGGACAGCUAUGCCAUCCAGUGUCUGCAGAAGUCUUUAGAAGCAGACCCCAACUCUGGCCAGUCCUGGUACUUUCUUGGCAGGUGCUACUCCAGCAUUGGGAAGGUGCAGGAUGCCUUCAUCUCCUACCGUCAGUCCAUUGAUAAGUCAGAGGCCAGUGCUGACACCUGGUGCUCCAUAGGGGUGCUCUACCAGCAGCAGAACCAGCCUAUGGAUGCUCUGCAGGCCUACAUCUGUGCCGUGCAACUGGACCACAGCCACGCGGCCGCCUGGAUGGACCUCGGCACGCUCUACGAAUCCUGCGGCCAGCAGCACGACGCCAUCAAGUGUUACAUCAACGCCACGCGCAGCAAGGCCUGCGUCAACACCGCCGCGCUCACCCAACGCAUCAAGCUGCUGCAGGCUCAGUUGUGUAACCUACAGCCAGGUAGUCUGCAGAAUAAGGGUAAAAUGCUUCCUAGUAUUGAGGAGGCAUGGAGCCUGCCCAUUCCUGCUGAGCUCACGUCCAGGCAGGGGGCCCUGAGCACUGCACAAGCACAGCAGGCCUGUAAAGGGGAGGGGGGCCAAUCCAAUCACACGGACCCACAGGCCAGUCCUGCCAAGAGGAAACGCACCGCCAGCCCGGCUAAGGGUGCAGUGGACUCGUGGGCGAACGGGCCCAAUCAGGAGCAGAUCCCCAGCUGGUACCUAACGCCACAGAAGCUUCAGCUCCUGGAUCACCUGCGGACGAAUCGAGCGACCCUCAAGCCCCCCCAGGUGCAGAUGCUGGAGCAGCUGGAGAACCAGUUCUCAGUCAUGCAGCAACAUCAGCAGCAGAUGAAGCAGCAGCAGGCGGCGAGCGGCCUGCCGCGGACCGUCCUGCCCAACGGCCCCCCGGCAGAGUCCUCUCACCACCGGGGCGGCCUCCCCCGGGCCUCCCCCCUCAACCACACGGGCCCCCGGCCCCCGUGCGUCGCCCAGCCCACAGCCAACGGAUCCUGUUCCUCGAGUCCGGACAAAACCCCCCCCCUGGGACCCGGAGGUGGCGGCACGAGCAACGGAAACGUGCCUUACCCGCAGCAGAACUCUCUACCUCACAACUGCACGGCCGCCAGCACCAGCAGCACCGCCAGUAGUCCCAGUAAUGCCGACGAGGGCUGGAGGAGCCAACAGCGCAACACUACCACUCAGGGGCUUCACAAAGGUCCAGGUUCACAUUCGGCGGGUCCCAAUGGAGAACCCCCUUUCUCUUCCUCCGCCUCCCCUCAGACCUCGUUCUCUUCCUCCGGCAUCCCGAAUCAGGUCGCACAUUCCUCCUGCACUGCCUCCUCCUCGGCCUCCUCUUUGUCCCCCACCUCUCCCCAGACCACGCCCAACCGCCUGUCCUCGCCCCCCCACGCCGCCACUACCUCAGGGGUCCACACCAAAGACGCCGCCACGCCUUCGGGGGGCAAAAGCUGCAGCAACGGUGCCGCCGCCGCUUCGCCGUCAGGUCCGGAGGCCGCCGCCAGGCAUCGCGCAGGGACGCCCCAAAGCCCCGGCGCCGCCACCCCGCCGCAGGGAUCGACUAAUCACGUCCAGCCGCGGGUGACAGAUCGCUCCGCCAGCCUGUCUCAGCCCGCCUCCCCCGCCCCCGGCGUGCUCGCUUCAGACAAUCCUAAGCUCUCAGCCUUGCUAAAGGGAAAAGCCAAUGCGACCAGUAACCACGGAGGGCCUUCCUCGGAGAAGGUCAACAACGUCCACCCGGGUCUCCACGGGGAGCAGCAGCAGCAGCAGCAGUCGGCGCCGUCUUCGUCGCCGCUUCUGUCCGCCGCCGCUCCCUCCCCGCGCUCAGCAGACCCGCACGCCACCACAAGCCUCUCCUGCCUUAACAGCCCGUCCAGCUCCAACAGCCGGGGGCCCGCGGUCAACGGGAAGGGCCCCGAGGACUCCCGCAGCCCGGAGAGGGAGGAGCCCCCCGCCGGGGGAGCGCAGAGACGCAGCGUCCCCGCUGCUCUCGCCCCCUGGUCCUCGGUGUCCAUCUACCCGAGCUCCAGCGAGGUGCUCAAAGCCUGCCGGAACCUGGGAAAGAACGGCCUGUCGACGAGCAGCAUCCUGCUGGACAAGUGUCCCCCGCCGAGGCCCCCCCGCCCGCCCUCUCCUCCGCUGCCAAAGGACAAACUCAACCCCCCGACGCCCAGCAUUUACCUGGAAAACAAGAGGGACGCCUUCUUUCCGCCCCUCCACCAGUUCUGCACCAACCCUUCCAACCCGGUGACCGUCAUCAGAGGCCUGGCCGGAGCGCUCAAACUCGAUCUGGGCCUGUUCUCCACCAAGACGUUGGUGGAGGCCAACCCGGACCACCUGGUGGAGGUGCGGACCCAGUUGGCCCAGCCCACAGACGAGAACUGGGACCCCAGCGGCAGCAGGAAGAUGUGGCGCUGCGAGAGCAGCCGCUCCCACACCACCGUCAUCAAGUACGCCCAGUACCAGGCCUCGUCCUUCCAGGAGUCUCUGCGGGAGGAGAAUGAGAAGAAGAAGGAGUCUGAAACGGAAGCCGGUUCCGCUGACAGCGCGACGCGGCGAAGGAAGGCGUCUUUGAAACACAUUAAGUUUGGCACCAACAUCGACCUCUCUGAUGAAAAGAAGUGGAAACAGCAGCUUCAGGAGUUGUCCAAACUGCCGGCCUUUGCCCGCGUGGUGUCGGCCGGUAACCUGCUCAGCCACGUGGGACACACCAUCCUGGGCAUGAACACCGUCCAGCUCUACAUGAAGGUCCCCGGGAGCCGGACACCAGGUCACCAAGAGAACAACAACUUCUGUUCGGUGAACAUCAACAUCGGCCCCGGGGACUGCGAGUGGUUCGCGGUGCCGGAGUCCUACUGGGGGGUCAUCAACGACUUCUGUGAAAAGAACAACAUCAACUUCCUGAUGGGCUCCUGGUGGCCCAACCUGGAGGACCUGUACGAGACCAACGUGCCCGUGUACCGGUUCAUCCAGCGCCCCGGGGACCUGGUGUGGCUCAACACGGGCACCAUCCACUGGGUCCAGGCCAUCGGCUGGUGCAACAACAUCGCGUGGAAUGUCGGACCCCUCACGGCACACCAGUACAAGCUGGCGGUGGAGCGGUACGAGUGGAACAAACUGCAGAGCGUCAAAUCCAUCGUCCCCAUGAUCCACCUCUCGUGGAACAUGGCCCGGAACAUCAAAGUGUCGGACCACAGGCUCUUUGAGAUGAUCAAGUAUUGUUUGCUACGGACCCUGAAGCAGUGUCAGAUGCAGCGGGAUCUGCUGCUGGCUGCUGGGAAAGAGCUGGCGUGGCACGGGAGGACCCAGAGCGAGCCGGCGCACUACUGCAGCAUCUGUGAGGUGGAGGUGUUCGACUUGCUGUUUGUGACCACGGAGAGCAACAGCAGGAAGACGUACGUGGUGCACUGCCAGGACUGCGCCCGCAGGGGGAGCGCUAACCUGGACGACUUUGUGGUGCUGGAGCAGCACAAGGUGGAGGACCUCAUGCAGGUCUACGACCAGUUCACGCUGGCGAGUCCCCUGCCUUCUUCCUCUAGAUGCUGACACUGUUUCUUCUGAGGACCGUUGCAACCACAAUGGACUCAGUCGGAAAACCUCUUCUUCUUUUCUGAUAUUCAGGAAGCAAACGGCGCUCUGUAGCUAAUCCCACAAGGCAGCUGGGUGAAAGCUGUGUCUAUGCAAGCUGCCCCCCCCCCCCCCCCGAGUCCUGAGUGGUGUGCUGGUGGCCUGGGGGAAGGGGCGGGGGGAGGAGGAGGAGGAGGAGGAGGAGGAGGAGACCAGACUGUUCUACUGCUGGUCCAGAUGGACUCAUCACAAAAUCACACAUUAAAAUUUAAAAAAAAAAGAAAAAAAUAGAGGAAAAAAGGCAGAAUUUUGUAAAUAUGAUGUUUUAACUGGCAACAUGUCACGCAGAGACUACUGACUUGAUGGUUUUUCUUUUUGCAUUUUUGUGUUCCGUACACGAGUUUGACGCGAGCGCUUUGCCCCCCUCCCUCCAUGAGAAGAGUCGUUAGCAUAGCCGCCCCCCCCCCCCCCCUCGUCCUCCGUGGUCAGGAAACCAGAUAUAAAGCGUUUUUGUAAUGUGAAAAGUUGAGUGAGGCGUCCCCCCCCCCCCCCCCCCCCACCGACCCUCGUGUUUUCUUUAAGGUAUUUUGAUUUAAUUUUGCUGGAACUACGUUGAGACUUUGAUUGCUUUUUGUCGGGGGGGGGGGGGAAAUCCUGAAGACACCCAAGUCACACAGAAAAAGGGUUGCACACAAAAGAGUGAACUUUAAUUUGUCUUUCUUUUUUUUCUUUUUUUCUUUUAUGUAAAUCUACACUAUUUAUAAAUGCAUAUUUAUUGCUUGAAGAUAUUUGUUGAUGGAAUGCUGUCGGGUUUUUUUUUUCCAGCGUCCCUGCCAUUGAAUCCGAAGGAGCCGCGUGAUUUUAAGUCCGGCCCCUCGUGCGUUUUCUAUCAACUUCAAACUGCUUAGUCAGCGUUGUACAGAGACCUUCACCUCCAAAUGGGUUUAUUGUUUGAAGGAUGUUUUACGAGUCAAUAAACAAGAACUGUCUUUAUUUACAUCUGC